AUGAGUGACCUCCAGAUUGUCACCGGCUUUGCAAUCCUUCUCAGCGGAUUUGCACAAUUUCAAUGUGGCCUGGCAGCUUUGAAAUGGCGCACUAUUCUUGAUCUGGCAUGGUUCUCCUGUCUGACGCAUCUUUUAUGCCUAACGAUGUUGCGACGACAUCUUCAUACGCAUACCUUUCAGCGCAUAUGGAGAUUAUUCGCAAUGGGUGUACUUGCGGCAUUACUAGCUGCUGGCCUACUAAUUACGGCAAAUCCCAAAUGGCUUUUGCUAUCUGAGGAUACCAAAGCUACCCCCACUAUUUGUAUCGUUGGCUGCUAUCUGAAACCUGGGCCAAACAAGGAAUGGGUGGAAUCCAUGGAAUCUAUACCUUCUGUGGAGUCCUGGCAGCCAUUGGAAUGGUUCUGGACACCGGUAAUCUCCGCAAGCUUUGUCAUGGUUGCGUUUGUCUCUCAGGUUGUGAGGCUACAUAAGACUCUCUCUGUGGGUGUUAGCCGAGCUACUAAAUGGCUUGAUGGCCAGAUGCAGCGACUUCUCUGGGUUCUUUUCAGAAUACUCUGUACAGAAGGAGAUAUUUGUUCACUCGGAUACCGGCCUAUUUUUGGUAUCGUGAUGAUUUUGCGUUUCGUGCUGGAUUCAUGGGCUUCAUUCGCUGUCGAGGUAAGCUGGGUCUUCGCAGCUUUUCUCUGGGGUAUUUUGCGUCUGGUUAAAGACUUGUCUCCUGACAGCAAGAUGGAACCCCUUGAUUUAAACAAGCAAGCAUGGACAUUCGGCCAAGUCGUCUCUGUAUUUGCACUGGCGGCGCCCCUCAUCAGCAUUAUUGGAACUCUGGAAGAAAACCUAAAAGGUGAGGAGUCUUCAGUGCCACAGCGGCCAUCCGACGGUCACCAAUCCUCUCGACUCCCUUUGAGCUCUAUCAGAUAUAGUACAUUUGAGGACCUCGAAAGGCCAGACACAGGCUGGGCUUCCCACACUAGCUGCCUUGGAACAGCAAUUACUUACAUUUAUGUGUCUUGCAUUUUUAUAGGAUACCUUGUUUUCACCAGCAUGGCAGAUGGGUCAGCCCUUUUGAAUUCCAUUCGCAGGUCGGGAGUCGCUAUUCCAACGGCAAUUUACUGCUUUUAUUGCGUAGUGCUUUGCUCUCUCACUAUUGAAUUAGCCGUAUCGCAAGAUCAUCAUUGGCUUCGAAGGUUCUUACAGUUUCUGAUCAUUGGCUUGUUUAUGAUUGGUUGGGUUUGGUGCACCUCGUUAUUUUACUAUUUGCAAAUCUUUGCUGCUAUCGGACUCUAUGUUAUGGGUGCUCUGAUACACAGGGCUAUCGGGUGGUGCACGCGUUGA